AGAGGCACUAAGCCUAAGCAGCCGGUGAUGGCGGCAGCGGCGGCUGUGGCUGCGGCGGGUCCGGGCCCAUGAGGCGACGACGGAGGCGGGACGGCUUUUACCCAGCGCCUGACUUCCGAGACAGGGAAGCUGAGGACAUGGCAGGAGUGUUUGACAUAGACCUGGACCAGCCAGAGGACGCAGGCUCUGAGGAUGAGCUGGAGGAGGGGGGUCAGUUAAAUGAAAGCAUGGACCAUGGGGGAGUUGGACCAUAUGAACUUGGCAUGGAACAUUGUGAGAAAUUUGAAAUCUCAGAAACUAGUGUGAACAAAGGGCCAGAAAAAAUCAGACCAGAAUGUUUUGAGCUACUUCGGGUACUUGGUAAAGGGGGCUAUGGAAAGGUUUUUCAAGUACGAAAAGUAACAGGAGCAAAUACUGGGAAAAUAUUUGCCAUGAAGGUGCUUAAAAAGGCAAUGAUAGUAAGAAAUGCUAAAGAUACAGCUCAUACAAAAGCAGAACGGAAUAUUCUGGAGGAAGUAAAGCAUCCCUUCAUUGUGGAUUUAAUUUAUGCCUUUCAGACCGGUGGAAAACUCUACCUCAUCCUUGAAUAUCUCAGUGGAGGAGAACUAUUUAUGCAGUUAGAAAGAGAGGGAAUAUUUAUGGAAGACACAGCUUGCUUUUACUUGGCAGAAAUCUCCAUGGCUUUGGGGCAUUUACAUCAAAAGGGAAUCAUCUACAGAGACCUGAAGCCGGAGAACAUCAUGCUUAAUCACCAAGGUCAUGUGAAAUUAACAGACUUUGGACUAUGCAAAGAAUCUAUUCAUGAUGGAACAGUCACACACACAUUUUGUGGAACAAUAGAAUACAUGGCCCCUGAAAUCUUGAUGAGAAGUGGCCACAAUCGUGCUGUGGAUUGGUGGAGUUUGGGAGCAUUAAUGUAUGACAUGCUGACUGGAGCACCUCCAUUCACUGGGGAGAAUAGAAAGAAAACAAUUGACAAAAUCCUCAAAUGUAAACUCAAUUUGCCUCCCUACCUCACACAAGAAGCCAGAGAUUUGCUUAAAAAGCUGCUGAAAAGAAAUGCUGCUUCUCGACUUGGAGCUGGUCCUGGGGACGCUGGAGAAGUUCAAGCUCAUCCAUUCUUCCGACAUAUUAAUUGGGAAGAACUUCUGGCUCGGAAGGUGGAGCCUCCCUUUAAACCUCUGUUGCAAUCCGAAGAGGAUGUGAGUCAGUUUGAUUCAAAGUUUACACGUCAGACACCUGUUGACAGCCCAGAUGACUCAACUCUCAGUGAAAGUGCCAACCAGGUCUUUCUGGGUUUUACAUAUGUGGCUCCAUCUGUACUUGAAAGUGUGAAAGAAAAGUUUUCUUUUGAACCAAAAAUUCGAUCACCACGAAGAUUUAUUGGCAGCCCACGAACACCUGUCAGCCCCGUCAAAUUUUCUCCUGGGGAUUUCUGGGCAAGAGGUGCUUCAGCCAGCACAGCAAAUCCUCAGACGCCUGUGGAAUACCCAAUGGAAACAAGUGGAAUAGAGCAGAUGGAUGUGACAAUGAGUGGGGAAGCAUCAGCACCACUUCCAAUACGACAGCCGAACUCCGGGCCAUACAAAAAACAAGCUUUUCCCAUGAUCUCCAAACGGCCAGAGCACCUGCGAAUGAAUCUAUGACAAAGCAAUGCUUUAAUUAAUUUGAGGCAAAAACAAAAAAAGCAGGGAAAAAGGGAUGUGUGAGCAUCCUGCAAGAUGAAACAAGAAGAAUUAAAAAUGACAGUCUCAAAGAGUCAGUGUCAUUUCCUGGAAUGCUUUGGACAAAGGAAAAACAAACAUGGAUUUUUAAAAAUCAAUCAAUGGUGCAAACAAAAAAACUUGAGCAAAAUAGUAUUUCAGAACUCUUAGGCACAUCAAUUAAUUGGUUCCUAGCAACAUCUCAACCUUAUCAAGGAUUUUCACGUUGAUGGCUGGAAACUGACAGUAUUAAGAAUAGGAUGUUGCUUCUGAAUCACUGUCAAAUUCUGAUUGUGUCGGAGAAGGGUUUUCCUUUCAUUAGGCAAAGUAUGAAAUUGCCUAUAAUACUUGCAACUAAGGACAAAUUAGCAUGCAAGCUUGGUCAAACUUUUUCCAGCAACAUGGAAUCAAAGACAAACUUAUCAAUUGAUGUUUUACGUGCAAACAACCUGAAUCUUUUUUUUAUAUAAAUAUAUAUUUUUCAAAUAGAUUUUUGAUUCAGCUCAUUAUGGAAAACAUCCCAAACUUUAAAAUGCGAAAUUAUUGGUGGUGUGAAGAAAGCCAGACAGCUUGUUUCUUCUCUUGAUGAAAUAAAAAAAUGCAAAUGAAUCAUUGUUAACCACAGCUGUGGCUCCUUUGAGGGCUUGGGGUAUACCUGGGGUUUAUUUUUAGUAACCCAGCUGCAAUACCUGUCUGUAGUACUAGGAAAACAACAGCAACAAUCUAUUUAAUCAUUUCUACUUGCAGUAAUGCUAUGUGCUAAGCUUAACUGGAAGCCUUGGAAUGGGCAUAAAUUGUAUGUCCUACAUUUCAUCCUUGUACUGGGCCUGCAUUGCACUGGAAAAAAGUCACCACCUGUUCUUAUACCAGUAUUUGGUUCAAGACACCAAAUGUGUUCAGCCCAUGGCUGAGGAAGGAUGGAAGAGAGUCAGGAUAAAAUGCAUACUGAGGGCAGCAAAAUGGGGAAGAUAGGAAUAUCCAGGGGAAGAGGGUGUUCCCAUGGUCCACUCUCUGUCUAAUCUCUUUAUGGCAAAUUGGUAAAAUUUUAAGUUUUACUUCGUUUUACUGUUUUUGCUGUCUACCUUCUUUAACAUUUUUUUCCUUAACAGUUUUAAAAAAGGAAAAAAGGUCUAAUUUUUUUCUCCUAUACUGGGGCUACCUUUUUUGAUUGUAAAAAUACUUGAUGGCCUUUUGAUGAAUGUCUUCCACAGUGAAUAAGAAAACUUAGUGGCUUAAUUUAGGGAACAUGUUAACAGGACACAGUUUUUGAAUUGUAACAAAAUCUACAUAAGUGAUUUACAGGUACAAAGAAUAAAUAAAGGUGACUUUACCUUUCUUAAAUA